CACCUGGCAGUCGAAGCUGCGAUCGCGAGCGAACCGGUGUUCCGAUAUUCUCCUCGCUUUCUUUUAGAUAUUGGAGAAGUUUAAUCAUUUGAUCAUUGAGAAAACUCGAUGACUCGAGAGGACGAAAAAAUCAAUUUAAAAAUCAUCACGAGUGAAGAAUAAACAUGAUCCAAUAUGUGAUUUAACGAAUAAAACUAUUAUUUCAAUCGUGAAGUGUUUUGAACAAUUUUCCAAAAGGAAAAGUGUAACAUUUAACAUGGAAACUGUCCUUGAAAAAAUGGGCAGGCUCAAUCUGAGGAUUCCGAGCUGUCCUGUAAAGAGUCCACAACCACUGAAGGAGUUUGUCGGCCGCUGUCAAACGAUGCCAUCGAGAGUGAAGAAGUCUUUUUGCGGUUGCCUCCAAGAUGACGAACCACCGGAAAUCACGUACUGUGUGGUGGAACACACUGGUACGCUCACGCUUCAAGCAAUGACACCGACUUUACCGAUGCCAGCUGAAGAAGAAUUGAACAAGAUGUUCCUUGAGUUGGUCGACGAGCUCGAUUUGACGCAAGCUAAUCGACAAGCAGUUUUGGCACUUCCGGCUAAUAAGAAAUGGCAGAUAUAUUGUUCGAGAAAGGGAAAUGGAACGCUUGAAAAUGGAGGCUUGAGAACCACUGAUCUUAGCGGGGAUCCUGACGAUUAUAUCGAUAGGAUCAGGACAAUUGCAAGUAGUCAAUUUCCAGAGGAAGGAGAGGAUGCAGCGAUACGAAUGCGUCAAGUAGAAGCUCUAAAGACAGCUCUGAGAACGCAACCGCACAGCUUCGUCCUAAGGUUCAUCGAACUUGAUGGUUUGAACGCUUUACUGCAGGUUCUAGAAAGAAUGGACGUGGAGGCAGCCAAUAGCAAUCUUCACACAAGCGUGAUAGGUUGUUUAAAAGCUUUGAUGAACAAUUCGAAUGGCAGGGCACAUGUGCUGGCACAUCCCACAGCAAUCAAUACCAUAUCUCAAUCGCUCGCAACGGAGAACAUAAAAACAAAAAUUUCAGUAUUGGAAAUACUCGGUGCAGUUUGUUUGGUACCUGGUGGUCAUCGUAAAGUUUUAGAAGCUAUGCUACAUUUUCAACAUUAUCAUUCCGAGAGAACACGUUUCCAAAGUAUAAUAAAUGAUCUCGACAAAAAUUUUGGUAUCUACAAGGACAAUCUCUCUCUCAAAACGGCUAUAAUGUCCUUCAUCAACGCCGUCCUUAAUUAUGGGCCCGGUCAAGUCACUUUAGAAUUUAGACUCCAUCUCAGAUACGAAUUGCUCAUGCUCGGCAUUCAACCGAUUAUUGAAAAAUUGAGGAAAUAUGAGAAUGAGACGCUCGACAGGCACCUUGAUUUUUUUGAAAUGGUUCGUAACGAGGACGAGAAGGAAUUAGCUAGAAAGUUUGAAAAGGAACACGUGGACACUAAAAGCGCAACGACCAUGUUUGAUUUGUUGAGGCGAAAACUCAGUCACACAGCAGCUUAUCCUCAUCUUCUCAGUUUGUUACAACAUUGUUUACUGUUACCACUCGAUUAUGGUUCGCACCCACAACAUUGGCUACUUUUCGAUCGAAUCGUCCAACAAAUUGUCUUACAGACUGAAGGAAACGAAACAGGGAUAGCAAAAAAUCCUGACAUUGCACCAAUCGAUAUCAACGUGAAGGAAAUCGUUCAUCUAUUGGCCAAAGAAGAGGAACUAGUUGCUGCCAGAAAGAAAGCUGAAGAAUUGGAACGUGAAAAUUCUGAUAUGUCAACGAGAUUGGCUAAAAAAGAACAAGAACUUGAUUUACGAACACAAGAGAAGGAGGACAUGGAGGCAAGUUUGGCAAGGAUCAAGGAACGUCUGGAAAAAGAAACCUCGAUGCAUAUAGAGACCAAACAGAGAAUAUCAGAGUUACAGGAUAACCUCGAGAUUUUGUCGCGGCAAAUUAAUAACGAAAAGUCCGAGAGAAAACGAUUGGAACAAUUGGUAGCAUCGGGAAGUUUACCGGACGAUGCCAAAGCUACUUUAAAGAUCGUAGAUGAUGAGGUUCUUGAAAAAGUCGAAGCCAAACCGAUGCCACCUCCGCCGCCUCCACCGCCUUUGGCACCGCCUCCUCCACCUUGUUUAAUGCCAGCUGCUCCACCUCCGAUGAAGGUUGAGAUAGUAAAAAACGUUCCUCAACCAAGCAAUCCACUGAAAUCCUUCAAUUGGUCGAAGAUACCAGAACAGAAACUCCAAGGUACGAUUUGGUCCGAGCUAGACGAUACGAAAUUAUACAACGUCAUGGAUUUAGAAUCGAUCGACAAGAUCUUUUGUGCCUAUCAGAAGAACGGUGUAUCCGCUGAAGGUUCCAUCGAAGAUCUUCGUACUUUGGGAAAGAAUAAGAAAACUAUGUCGGUGAUCGACUCGAGAAGAGCACAAAAUUGUACGAUAUUAUUGUCGAAACUUAAAUUGUCUGACAACGAGAUCACCAGAACGAUACUGUCGAUGGACCAACAGAAUAUAUUACACAUUGAUAUGGUCGAACAAUUAUUAAAAUACAUUCCGUCAUCGGAAGAAGCUGCUCUUUUAGAUAUGCAUCAAAAGGAAUUACAAAAUAGGGCUGAUUGUUUCCUCUAUCAGAUUUCGAAAGUUCCUCACUACGAACAGAGACUUAGAUCGUUACACUAUAAAAAGAAAUUCUCAGCUAGUAUAGCAGAAUUAACGCCAAGAAUGCGAGCGGUUCUUGAAGCUAGUCGUCAAGUUGCAAGAUCUAGAAGACUCAGGAAACUAUUAGAACUGGUUCUAGCUCUUGGGAAUUAUGUAAAUCGCGGAAAUGCUCGCGGUAAUGCUUGUGGAUUUCGAUUAGCUUCUUUGAAUCGUCUAGUCGAUACGAAAUCUUCUUGCUCAAAAGGCACCACCCUUUUACACUAUCUCGUACAAAUCCUUGAAUCAAGGUUCCGUGAAGUUUUAGAUAUUGAAGAAGAUAUGCCACAUGUUAGGACAGCUGCUAGAGUUAGCAUGGCUGAUCUUCAAAAAGAAGUGGCUAACUUGAAGAAUGGUUUGCAAGACGUUCAAAGGGAAAUUGAAUUUCAUCGAGGCCAAUCUCAGGUAUUGCAAGGUGACAUGUUUUUACCAGCUAUGAGAGACUUCCAGGCGCAAGCCACAUGUAGAUUAGCCGAAGCUGAGGACUUGUUCCAAGAUAUGAAGACUAGAUUUGACCGAGCUGUUAGACUAUUCGGUGAGGACUCUGCGGGUGUACAACCAAACGAAUUCUUUGGUAUAUUCGAAAACUUCCUUCAAGCGCUUGCUGAAGCUAGACAAGAUGUUGAAAACAUGAGAAAGAAGAUCGAGGAAGAAGAACGUCGUGCUAAACAGGAACAAGAGCUGCGGAAAAGAACAAUGGAAAGAAAAAAUUCUCGUGAAGGAAUAUUAAACAGUAUAUCAUUAAGUAAAAAGAACGAAACUAAUGGUAAUCAAGGAGACAACAAAGGUGAAUUCGACGAUCUAAUUUCUGCGCUUCGUACCGGAGAUGUUUUUGGCGAAGACAUAGCCAAAUUUAAAAGAUCUAAACGUAGGCCGGUAACACCAUGUGGUCAAGAAUCACGUAGACAUAGCGCUCAUAGGGAAGAUUCACGAGAACGACAUUAGACUGUACCGAAUUUAUUUUUAUUCAAGGAUAACAAAAAACAUAAGAUAAAAAGAAGAAUAAAGAAAGAUAGAGAUAGAGAAAAAAAAGUUCAUCAAAUUUCGAUACUAAUUACAUCGAAAUAUGACUUCAAAACUCUUUUAAAAGGAUAAACUCGAAUGUCAAUGAGAAUCCUAAUGAUUAAUAACUACCCUAACUUGUGAUUAUAAUUUUAGAAAUGACGAGUCUUUAUAUAAAUUGUAUUUCACGAUCGGUGCUACGUUGAUCGUUUCCUAACAUAAUUCACAGACUGCGUAGAUAGAUUGUAUUCGCUUUUUAAAAUCAAAGAGAGAGAGAGAGAAUGAAGAUCCGGCAUUAAAAUAUGAAUUAUAAGAAUCGAUUUUCUUUGUAUAUAGAUCAUAAAGUUUUCGUGUUUGUUUAGAAAAAAGAAAUGUUCAGACCAAAAAAUCUUACCAGCUAAUACGAAUCAAAAACACUUUAUCGAUAUUGAUACUAAACAAAAAAGGGACUGAUAUAAUUGUAACCAUUUUUUUUUUCUUUUUAACCAAUGUUAUUCAUUCAACAGGAAAAAUAUUGGAAAAAUGGAGGCCUAUAAUCACAGCAUUUGUUGUGUCGAGUAAUCCACAAGUCUGAAUUUUCUAUUGUUGUAUUAAAAAAAAAAAAAAAUAUAUAAUACACCGAGAAUUUAUCAUCGUCAAAUUUUGA